UCUGUUACCAGACACCACAGGAAACCCUCAGAAGGCUGCUUUGGAGACACAAGGGAGACCUACACAAUAAUAGGAAAGUGGUUUUUAUGUUUUGGUUGAUUGGUGUUUUUUGUUUUUUUGGAAUUGGAUUGCAAAGUUCUUUUGCUGUCUUCAAAAAGUUGCUUUGGAAGAAAGGGACAUCUCAACAUAUCUGAACAGCAAGCACCAUGAAGAUAGCUUCUUUUAACAUCCAGAAGUUUGGGAAAAACAAGGUGUCGGAUCCAGAUGUGCUCAACACCGUGGUUAAGAUCGUCUCUCGAUAUGACAUCAUUGUGAUCCUGGAGGUGGUGGACGCCAGCGGGACGUCUGUAACAACUCUUUUGGAAGCUCUCAACAAAUCCAACAGGAAGCAUCACUACACUCUGAAGAUCAGCACUCGUCUGGGCCGAACGCGCUACAAGGAGCAGUUCAUGUUCCUGUACAGGGACGACAUGGUCGACUUGGUGGGUUCUUAUCAGUUUGAUGAUGAGUUGUCUGGGGAAGGAGAUGUUUUUGCCAGAGAUCCAUACAUCCUGAGAUUCAGAUGUCUCAACACCGUGCUGAAGGACCUGGUGUUGAUCCCAGUUCACACCAAGCCAGAGGACUCGGAGAAAGAGCUGGACGAACUCUACGACGUCUUCCAGCACAUCAAGAAAAAGUGGAGGACUGAUAACGUGAUGAUCCUCGGUGACUUCAAUGCCGACGGCUCGUACGUCUCCAAGAGAGACAUGAAGAAAAUCCGAAUCCGUAGUGACAAGAACUUCCACUGGCUGAUUGGAGACGAUGUCGACACCACGGCGAGCACUGGAAACAACCACACAUAUGACAGGAUCGUGGUCUAUGGAGACGACAUGCUCAAGGCCAUCGUACCAAACUCAGCCAAACCCUUCAACUUCCAGGAGGCAUUCAGACUCACCGAGGAGCAGGCCCUGGAAGUGAGCGAUCAUUAUCCUGUGGAGGUGGAGCUGAAGUCCAUAACCAACACAAUAGACAAUCCUGACGGCGUGGAGGAAGAGGAGAAGCCGAGGCUUGUGGUCGUGGAUGAAGAUCUAAUGGAGCUAAAACGUGGAAACCUGCUGCUGGAGAGAGAGAAGCUCAACCUGGAGAUCCAGAUUCUCCGGAUGAAGAUGGCCAAGAAGAACCCUGUUUAGAUGCAGCUCGGAACCAAAAGACAGAACAUUUAACUCCUACCUGAACUCAUCACAUUACAGAGAGCAACGUGGUGGUUCUUGGUUUGCUUUAUUGUGCCCAUGAGUGCAUGUUGGAUCGCUGCAUGUAUCUGAUCCUCUGGAUGAUUUCUAGGAUGAGUUUUGACUGAAUGAUAGUAUCAAGUUUGCAUAUAUUGUUACAGCCAUUUUUUAGUUUUAGUUUUUGCCUCAUCAUAAGAAACGUUGUGUAAUUCAGUGAUGAUUCUCAACUCAGAACCAGAUGUUAUUUUUUUAAAGUUCACAUCUAUUUAAUACCAAUUUUCACAGUGAGUCCUCACAGUUCUGCACUGAAAAACUGGAGAAACGUUUUACUGUAAGUGCUGCACUGUAAUAAAACAUCAACCAGG